CCGCCCCCGUCGCACGCCGGCCCCGCCCCCUCCCCGGCAGCCCCCAGGGCCUGCGGUGGUGGCUCGCCGCGGUUGGGGCCCUCUCCUUCGGGCCGGAGCGGCGCGGCCGGGGUGCGGCUUCAGCAGGCGCAUCUUCUCGUGGACGUACAGCGUCCUGUCUGUCUCGCCGGCAAAUUAGGGCGUGCGAAUCUCUAGCUUCCGUCCCAGAGAGAUGUUACGUUAGGGUUUAAUUUCCAUGUCAGUUUGAAUUCAGAAAUUCUUGCUAUAUGGAUCAGCCUUCUAGUGAUGGUGAAGCAGGAAGAGGACUACUCUAAACAAACCGAGGAUGAAUUGGGUGCCAGAUGAUGCAGAAAAUGCUCACAGUAGCAGUGUGGAAUCCUGUCCUUCCUUGCGGGAUGUCCAGUCCAUCAACCCAGCGCAGCUGAUGGCAAGAAUUGAGUCAUAUGAAGGAAGAGAGAAGAAAGGAAUUUCAGAUGUCAGAAGGACUUUCUGUUUGUUUGUUACAUUUGAUCUCUUAUUCGUAACCUUGCUGUGGAUAAUAGAGUUAAAUGUAAAAGGAGGCAUUGAGACUACUUUAGAGAAAGAAGUCCUGCAAUAUGACUACUCUUCCUCAUAUUUUGAUAUAUUUCUACUGGCAGUCUUUCGAUUUAAGGUGUUAAUACUUGCAUAUGCAAUGUGCAGACUGCGCCAUUGGUGGGCAAUAGCUAUAUCUUUUUUAGGGGAGUUGGUGAAUAAAAUAUUGCAUCAUCAUUAUACAUUUACAACAGCAGUGACCAGUGCCUUUUUAUUAGCAAAAGUAAUUAUUUCACAGCUGUUUUCACAGGGUGCUUUUGGCUAUGUGCUCCCCAUCAUAUCCUUCAUACUUGCCUGGAUUGAAACCUGGUUCUUAGACUUUAAAGUGUUACCACAAGAAGCAGAAGAAGAAAACAGUGGAAAGGGAACACGAAGAAGUAUUGUGGAGAGUCUCCUUCAUGCACAGAUUGAGACCAGAGCAAGAUUGUUGAUAGCACAGGAUGCCUCUGAGCGAGCAGCUCUUCUUCACCCAGGAGUCCUCUCUGAUGGGCAGUUCUAUUCUCCUCCUGAAUCUGUAGCAGGAUCAGAUGAAGAAUCUGAAGAAAAACAGGACAGUGAAAAACCAGUCGUAUAGCAAAUGAGGGAAAGCAGGAAGAAAACUUCCGAGGGCAGUUGUUGGGAUUCAGAAACUGUGACAACAGAAUCUGUGGCUGACUUGCUGGUGGAGCUGCUAACAGGGGAAUGUGUUCAUUAGAAAGCAAAGGGAACAGUUCCGAUGUACUGUAAUACCUCAGCAACAUGUACCUUAUUCACAUCUGUUUAUUAGGUUGCCUCACAGGUGGUAUGAAACUAUUUGUCCAUGAUGUGUUCAGUGAUUCUUGAAGUUGAUCUUCUAAUGACUAGAUAACUACUGGAAAAUGUUGUCUUGUGUACCUAAUCCAAAGACUGGUAAUAUAAUGAAGUAUAUUUAAUGAUUAUUGGGAUUCACUAGGUAAAAUUAUUUUAUGUUGUUAUAAAUUUGUCGUUAGUCUUAUGUUUACUUUUUUUUUAACUCCGUGCAUUUUCUUUUUUUAAUGGAUAUGCUCACUUUCUGAAAUAAAAACGUUGGUAAAACCUG